AUGGAAUGUGGUAAGGGUAGUGCUGUUGAUGACUGCAAUAAUAAAUCUCCAUUUAAAGGCCAGAAUAACUUGUACCAAGUUUCUUCACAUAUGAUGCAGUGUGGGUAUCUGAUUCCAACUUCAGAUAUUAAUGUGGAUGAUGCUGUGGAUGAUACCGUGCGUCAAUUUAAAGGCAUUUCUGAUGGCUUGAUGCGUAAAGUUUCCGGGUCUCCUUCAUCUUCUUCUUAUGAUUCUACUACCUCUACUUCAGACAGAAAUUUUUUUUGGAACGUGGAGGAAAUACAUGAACUGGCCUUAACACAAAGCAACUCUGAGUCAGUUAAUAGCUUCUCUGACAAUGAUAGCAGUGAUAAAGAUGGAAGCCACAGGGAUGAGGAAGUAGGACCUAGUUCAGAAGACAAUGGGUGGCAUUCGGACAAUGAGUUGAAUUCAAAAGGAUUUACCCCUUGGGUGGUUAAAUGUGACAAAGAGUGGAUAAGCUCAGCGGUGGAUAUGAAGAAUGGUUCUGGGCUCCAACCUCAUUUUCGUGCUGUUUUUUUACUUUUCUUUGUCUCUCUUAAUUUGUACAGAAUCCCAGCCGAUUUUCUUAGGCAUAUAUCAGAAGAAUCACCUGAUAGAGCCACUCUAAAGUGUCUUUCUGGAGGCACUUGGAAUGUGAAACUACAAUGUGAUGGAAGAGGGCUUGCUUAUACACAAAGGUUGGAGAAAUUUCAGAAAAAUAACCAACUACAAAAUGGGGAAUAUCUCGUGUUUAGGUACGAUGGCGCUCUGCAAUUCACAAUAAGAAUUUUCAGCAAGAAUGGACUGGAAAGACAAGUGAAAUCACCAAACAUGGUAAAAAAUCAACAAGCUUCAAUAUUUGAUGGAGGCAGCAAGCGUAAAAGGCCAGAAAAAUACCCUUACACUUCAAAAUUCCCUAAACAGACUCUUGCUAACGGUGAAAAUGACACAGAACAUGCAACUCCAAGAAAAAGAGCUGCACUGGAGAAAGAAGAGGACCUUCUCACAGAUCUUACUCCAAAUAUUCCUCAAUUUGUGAAAUGCUUGAAAGGCUACAAUGUGAAAAAGUAUUGUUUCCUGGUAAGUGUUUUCUUGAAGUAAAACAAGUUCAUGCUUAUUAGUUUAUGUGACCAGUAAGCUAUGAAAUGUGUAAAAUGUAUGUAAACCAAAUACUUAAUACUUCUAAUGCAGUAUGUUCGAAAAUCCUUCUGUGAACAACUUUCAAAAUCAGACAAUAAGACAACAGUUGUCCUCCGUAUUUCAGAAGGAAAAAGGUGGAAAGUGAAUUGUAUAACACAAAAUGGAUAUCACGCUCUCUGUGGAGGAUGGAAACAGUUUGUGAGUUAU